AACGUUCAUCGAGACGAAAAAACUUCUCUCCCCUGCUUCCAUAAUCGGCGUUGACUUCUUCUAGAGCACAAGAUAGAGGAGGACUCGACAGAAGCAACGGGCCGAAGCCCAAUUGCCCAAGCUCACCUACAAUAAAAUGUGCCCGUGUACAAUUUUGUUGAAGAAGCAAAAGAAAAUUCGAAAUUACUGGCCACGCCCGCCAAAUUUAAAGCUGCAGACCCAGACUGCGGGACAAAAUUUGCCUCAGGCAGCGGCAUUGGGAGCUCCCAGCCAAUGAGCGUGCUCCUAAAUGGAUCCGUAAGGGAAACCCACUAGCGCUGUAAAUGGGCUUUCCAUCCGUCCAAGACAGCAGAUCCGUUUUCGAAACGAACGCCCAUCCCACUCGACUCUGAGUCCUUAACUUCUCUCGCCGCAACGUACAUCACGUUCAAUCCGUCAAGGCGACACGAUGCUCCGACAGUCUCUGGCACGUUCGGCUUGGCGGACCGGCAGGCGGGCCGCCGCUGCCUCGAGGGCAUUCGCGACAACGCCCAGACGGUCUGCCGAGGUGGAGCUCACCAUUGAUGGAAAGAAGGUCUCGAUCGAAGCUGGGUCGGCUCUGAUCCAGGCCUGCGAAAAGGCCGGAGUUACUGUCCCUAGAUACUGCUACCACGAAAAACUAAUGAUUGCCGGUAACUGCCGUAUGUGCCUGGUCGAGGUUGAGCGGGCACCUAAGCCUGUAGCCUCAUGCGCCUGGCCAGUGCAGCCUGGUAUGGUUGUCAAGACCAAUUCACCUCUUACACACAAGGCCCGCGAGGGUGUCAUGGAGUUUCUGCUGGCCAACCACCCCCUCGAUUGCCCCAUUUGCGACCAAGGUGGUGAAUGUGACCUUCAGGAUCAAUCCAUGCGAUAUGGUGCCGACCGAGGACGAUUCCACGAGAUUGGGGGCAAGCGAGCAGUCGAGGACAAGAACAUUGGACCCCUGAUCAAGACCUCGAUGAACCGAUGCAUCCAGUGCACCAGAUGUGUCCGAUUCGCCAACGAUAUUGCUGGUGCUCCUGAACUUGGUUCAACUGGCCGCGGUAACGACCUGCAGAUUGGCACCUACCUUGAGAAGAACCUGGAUACCGAGCUCUCCGGAAACAUUAUCGACCUCUGCCCCGUUGGUGCCCUGACCUCCAAGCCAUAUGCUUUCCGAGCUCGUCCCUGGGAGCUGAAGCACACCGAGUCCAUCGACGUUCUCGACGGCCUGGGAUCAAAUAUCCGUGUCGACUCUCGCGGUCUGGAAGUUAUGCGUGUUAUCCCCCGACUCAACGACGAUGUCAACGAGGAAUGGAUCAACGACAAGACUCGAUUCGCCUGCGACGGCCUCAAAACCCAGCGACUUACCGUGCCCCUGAUCCGAAGAGAAGGAAAGUUCGAGACUGCUGACUGGGAGGAGGCUUUGACCGUAAUUGCCAAGGCCUAUCAGCAGACUAGCCCCAAGGCCAAUGAGUUCAAGGUCAUUGCUGGUGCGCUUACUGAAGUAGAGUCCCUCGUCGUGGCCAAGGAUAUGGCCAACAAGCUCGGAUCCGAGAACCUCGCCCUCGAUACCCCCACCGGCAGCCAGCCCAUUGCUCACGGUGUUGACGUGCGAUCCAACUACCUCUUCAACUCCAAGAUCUGGGGUAUCGAGGACGCUGACUGCAUUCUCAUCGUCGGAAGCAACCCUCGCCAUGAGGCUGCCGUUCUGAACGCUCGUAUCCGCAAGCAGUGGAUGCGCUCCGAUCUUGAGAUUGGUGUUGUUGGUGAGACCUGGGAUUCCACUUUCGAGUUUGAUCACCUGGGUGCCGACCACGCUGCCUUGAAGAAGGCUCUGGCUGGCCCCUUUGGCAAGAAGCUCCAGGCCGCCAAGAAGCCCAUGAUCAUUGUUGGAUCUGGUGUCACCGACCACGUUGACGCCAAGGCUUUCUACGAGACCGUUGGUGCCUUUGUCGACCAGAACGCCGCCAACUUCAGAACCGCUGAGUGGGACGGCUACAAUGUUCUCCAGAGAGAAGCCUCAAGGGCUGGUGCCUUUGAGGUUGGCUUUGUCACUCCCUCCGCCGAGGUUGCCCAGACCAAGCCCAAGUUUGUCUGGCUCCUCGGUGCCGACGAGAUCAACGAGACGGACAUCCCCAAGGACGCCUUUGUUGUUUACCAGGGCCACCACGGUGACCGCGGCGCUCAGAUUGCUGACAUUGUUCUGCCUGGCGCUGCCUACACCGAGAAGGCCGGUACUUACAUCAACACUGAGGGACGUGUCCAGAUGACCCGUGCCGCUACCUCACUGCCCGGUGCCGCCCGAACUGACUGGAAGAUUCUCCGAGCAGCCUCCGAGUUCCUCGGUGCCCCUCUGCCUUACGACGAUGUCGCGGCUGUGCGUGACCGCAUGGUCGAGAUCAGCCCUGCGCUGGCUGCCUACGACGUCGUUGAGCCAGUUGCCCUGAAGCAGCUGAGCAAGGUUCAGCUGGUGGAGCAGAACAAGGGUGCCAAGGCCAGCAACUCUCCUUUGAAGAAGGUUAUCGACAACUUCUACUUCACAGACGUCAUCUCCAGAAGCUCACCGACAAUGGCUCGCUGCUCAGCGGCCAAGAUCACUGGCGACCCCAGGACGAACUUUAUGGCUCCUGGAAUGGAGGAGGAUAGACCCAUGGGCCAGGUUGCGUACGGAGCUUAAGAUGGGUGUGAUGUAUUAAAAAAAAUUAGAAGAAAUUUUCCCUUGCGGUUCCGGAGCGCUAUGUCGAUAUGUACAUAUAUAUAUAGGACGUUAGGGUUAGAUGUUGUUUUUAAAUAUGUUAACCAAAACCCGGUGGCUGUUAUGCUUUCCUUCCUCCCCCCUUUUUUCCUGCGUAGUGGUAUCUUUAUGCCUCCCCUGCAGCUGUAUGACAAUAUGCUUAGUACACCCCCCAUCCAUCCCAACGCCACUCUCAUUCCUUUCUGGCUCAGUAU